GCGCACGCGCAGGGAGGAGGCGAAGGGGACGCCGGGAGCAGUUCUUCUUGUGCACAUAUGUGAGAGCUUCCCUAGGGUACCUAUCUAUGAGUGAGAUUGCUGGAUCGAAAGGAGUUUCUUCACAUGGCUUCUGAAGAAGUGACCGUUACAGUUCGCCUCAUUCGUUCCUUUGAGCAUCGCAAUUUCAAACCUGUAGUUUAUCACGGAGUUAAUUUGGAUCAAACUGUAAAGGAAUUUAUAGUAUUUCUAAAGCAAGAUGUCCCUUUAAGGACCAGCCUGCCACCACCAUUCAGAAAUUAUAAAUAUGAUAAACUAAAGAUUAUUCAUCAAGCACAUAAAUCAAAGACAAAUGAACUUGUGUUGAGUUUGGAAGAUGAUGACAGACUCCUGUUGAAAGAAGACAGCACUCUGCAAGCAGCUGGAAUCGCCAAUGAAACUGAAAUUGCAUUCUUCUGUGAAGAAGAUUAUAAGAACUUCAAAGCUAAUCCCAUUUCAUCCUGGUGAAAACGGCACGGGCUUCCUUUUUGCAUACCUGUAUUAAGUUCUUUAUUCCACUACUGAGUUUUUGAAAUUGACAAAUAAACUUAAAAAAUUAAUCCCAGGCUCUACUAUUUGAGCUAAAAUCGGUGGUGUUUUUUUCUCUCUGCAGGUCUCAUUUUUUCUUUCUUUCUUGUUGUAAAAUAAUAUAUUUAUUUAUGAGAAAAACAUUUGAUUUUUUUUAAAGUGAAAGAAUUAUUCAAAAAUCAUCGUGGAAUAUCGGUUCUUUAGUCAUAAUUUGUUUUUCUGAAAUUAGAGGUUAUUUUGGUGA